CCUCUUUCCAAGCCGGGAUUCGAAACUCUGCUUCGCGUGUUCCCGAAUAUGACGCAUCUCGAGUAUACAACGAAUUUCCAAACGUUUGACAACCAAUUCCAGGAUGUGACUCGGGAAAUGUUUGACGCUGAAUCGUCUGCUGUAGAACAAUGGAUGGCCACCCAGCAUCAUCUUUCCUAUAUCGGUCAAUGGGAUGAUCCCACUACCGAUGACCAACGCCUUAUGGCCGGUAUG